AUGCUUAUCACAUUAACCGCCACUUUCUUUAUCUUACCCUCUCUCUUUCUCUCUCACAUAACCCCCCCCACACACACUGUUUCUCGCAGACACCUACCAUGCACACAAACAGACACACUCUCUUUCUUUCUCUCUCAAUGGCCUUUAUUUUCAUCGUAUCCUUAUAAAUUUUUCUCUUUUCAUCUUUUCGUUUUUUUUGUUCUCUCUGUUUUUGUCAUCUUUUUUUUCUCUCAUCCACAAGUUUGUACAAACUCUAUCUCCCCCUUUCUCUCUCUACACACACAAAGACAAAUAAUCCAUUUUCUCUCUCUCUCUCUAGCAUCCAUAUACACGCAAAAACAUCCCCUCUCACUAAUCUCUCCAUUUUGUCCUUUCAUCUUUUUGUCUUCUGUUCUUUCUUUCUUUCUUUUUCUUUUCUUGAGUUCUUUUAAUUUGUUUCUCUUCUUUUUCUAUUUCUUUUUAUGUCUUUGCUCAUUUUUUUUUUUAUUUGCUUUCUCUUUUUUCGAUCUUACAUUUUCUUGUUUUACUUUAAUUCUAACGCCUAUUUUUUCUCUUUCCUUAUAUCGUUCCCUUUUUCCUUCUCUUUGUUUCUCUUUACAUCUUUCUUUUUUUUUUUUCUUACUUUUUUUUUCUUCCUUUUCAACUCUUUGUUCCUUCAUGUUUUUUUUUCCAUCUAUUUGCCUCUCUCUUCUCUUCCAUUUUUCUUUUUUCCUCCUCUUUUUUGCUAAUUUCCUAUUUCUCUCUAUUUUCCCUUAUUCUCUCUAUUUUCAAUUCUCACUAUAUUCCCUUAUUCUCACUAUAUUCCCUGAUUCACUCUAUAUUCCCUUAUUCUCUGUAUUCCCUCCUCUGGAUAUUCCCUUAUUCUCUCUAUAUUCCUUCUUUUUUAAUAUUCAUUUAUUCUUACUAUUUUCACUUAUUCUCUCUUUAUUCCUUUUUCACUUUUUAUUCCUCCCUUAUACUCACUAUAUUCCUUAUUCUCUCUAUUUUCAAUUCUUUCUAUAUUCCCUUAUUCUCACUAUUUCCCUUAUUCUCACUAUUUCUCUUACUCUCUCUAUAUUCCCUCCUCUAUAUAUUCCCUUAUUCUCUCUAUAUUCCAUUCUUUUUAUAUUCCUUUAUUCUCACUAUUUUCAUUUAUUCUCUCUUUAUUCACUUCUUUUUAUAUUCCGUCAUUCUUACUAUCUUCCUUUAUUUUUUCUAUAUUCUCUUAUUCUCUCUAUAUUUCUUUAUUCAUUGUAUUUGUAA